GCCAGAUCCCCGCGGUCCAGCCGCACCGAGCUCCGGGCAUGAUCACCGCCGCGCUGCCCUUGCUGCUGUGCGCGCUGCUGGCACCUAGCAAUGCCUACGUGCUGGAUGACUCCGAAGGGCUGGGCCGGGAGUUCGACGGCAUCGGUGCCGUCAGCGGCGGUGGGGCAACCUCUCGACUUCUAGUGAAUUAUCCAGAGCCCUAUCGUUCUCAAAUAUUGGAUUAUCUUUUUAAGCCAAACUUUGGUGCCUCUCUUCAUAUUCUAAAAGUUGAAAUAGGUGGUGAUGGGCAGACAACAGAUGGUACUGAACCUUCCCACAUGCACUACGCAUUAGAUGAAAAUUAUUUCCGAGGAUAUGAAUGGUGGUUAAUGAAGGAAGCUAAGAAGCGGAAUCCUAAUAUUACACUCAUAGGGCUGCCAUGGUCAUUCCCUGGAUGGCUGGGAAAAGGUUUCAAUUGGCCUUAUGUCAAUCUUCACCUGACUGCCUACUAUGUCAUGUCCUGGAUCAUGGGUGCCAAGACCUAUCACAAUUUGGAUAUUAAUUAUGUUGGGAUUUGGAAUGAGAGGGCAUUUAAUGCCGAUUAUAUCAAGGUAUUAAGAAAAAUGCUGGACUAUCAAGGUCUCCACCAUGUGAAAAUCAUAGCAAGCGAUAAUCUAUGGGAACCUAUUUCUUUUGCUAUGCUGUUUGACCAGAAGCUCCACCAGGCAAUUGAAGUUAUAGGAGCUCAUUACCCUGGUACCUCCUCAGUAUUAAAUGCACAAUUGACUGAGAAGAAGCUUUGGUCUUCUGAAGAUUACAGCACAGUAAAUAAUGAUGUGGGAGCUGGUUGCUGGGCUCGUAUACUGAAUCAGAAUUAUGUCAAUGGCUACAUGACUUCCACAAUCGCUUGGAAUUUGGUGGCUAGUUACUAUGAAGACUUGCCAUAUGGGCAGUGUGGAUUGAUGACUGCUCAAGAGCCAUGGAGUGGACAUUAUACAGUACCCGCUCCUAUCUGGGUAACAGCUCAUACCACUCAGUUUACACAACCAGGUUGGCAUUACCUGAAGACAGUUGGCCACUUAGAAAAAGGAGGAAGCUAUGUAGCUCUGACUGAUGGGUUAGGUAACCUCACCAUCAUUGUUGAAACUAUGAGCCAUAAACAUUCACGGUGUAUUCGGCCAUUGCUUCCUUACUUCAAUGUGUCAAAGCAAUAUGCUACCUUCACUCUUAAGGGUUCUUUUAGUGAAAUACCAGAGCUACAGGUGUGGUAUACCAGACUUGGACAGCCAACUUCGAAAUAUCUUUUUAGUCAACUGGAUUCUCUCUGGCUCCUGGACAGCAGUGGUGCAAAUUUCACUUUGGAACUGAAAGAGGAUGAGCUGUUCACACUCACCACUCUCACCACCGGGAAUAAAGGCAGCUACCCUCUUCCUCCAAAAUCAGAGCCUUUUCCACAGGUUUACGCAGAUGACUUCAAUGUGGAUUACCCAGAUUUUAGUGAGGCACCAAAUUUUGCUGACCAAACGGGUGUAUUUGAAUACUUCGUGAACACUGAAGACUAUGGAGAACAUCGUUUUACACUUCGCCAAGUUCUUAAUCAAAGGCCUAUUACUUGGGCAGCCGAUGCUUCCAACACUAUAAGUAUCAUAGGAGAUUAUUCUUGGUCCAAUCUGACUAUCCGAUGUGAUGUAUACAUAGAGACCCCUGAGACGGGAGGUGUAUUUAUUGCAGGAAGAGUAACUAAAGGUGGAAUUUGGGUUAGAAGUGCCCGAGGAAUUUUCUUUUGGAUUUUUGCAAAUGGCAACUACAAAGUUACAUCUGACCUGUCUGGAUGGACCAUAUAUACUUCAGGGUAUGCUAAUAUUACAGCAAAAAAAUGGUAUACACUCACUUUAACUAUUAAGGGUCAUUAUUGCUCUGGCAAGAUAAAUGGCAAGUCUCUCUGGACAAACAUCCGCAUUAAUUUCCCCAAGAAUGGCUGGGCUGCGAUUGGAACUCACUCCUUUGAAUUUGCUCAGUUCGACAACUUUUAUGUAAAUGCCUCACAGUAACAAUUCACAGAGCACCAGAGAACAUGCUUCUUUCUUCUCGUUUUGGUUCAGAGAUAAUUCCAUUUUUGAUGGAUCAAUCUCGCAAGCCUUUUGGAGGCUGAAAAUACCAAAGAAGAAAUAAAGAGAAUAAAAUAAUUUUGCUUGACCCUCUGGAAGAUUUUUUUUAAAAACUCAUUUCAAGGGAAACGGUGAAUCUUUCACAUUAUCUAACGUGCCUCAAGUUUUGGUCAGGCCUCAAAACUUUGGUGUUAAUGUGGAGAUAGCACAUUCCAUUUUAUUUGCAAAUGAUUAUGCAGAUGCAAUCAGUGGAUUAUCGUGGAGAAAAGUUUACUAAGCUGACUAUGUGCCUAUAUCGGCUGCUGAUGUCUUCAUCUGACAAUAACGUUGCCUUAACACAAGACUGAACAUUGUGAUGCUUCUUUAUGGACUUAUUAUAACAGAAUAUACUAAUACACUAAAAUGUAAUUUUUCUUUUUUAUUUAUGAUGAUGCUUUUGAAUUACAGAUAUGAUGAGAAGAAUGAUUUGAUGAAAACACUUGAUAGUUAUUUCUGCCGAAAUAAAUCUUAGCAGAUUAA